AUGAGCACCUCGCAAAGAAAGGGCGCCAGUUUGUUGAUCCCCCAUAUGUGGUUAAGGGCAUGGGCAGUUCGUUUUCUGGUUAUCUUAGCCUCGAUUGAUGUGAGGAUAACUGGCAAAGAGGCUGACCAGAAUCCUAAUGUUAAACCUACUCGCGCUCACCUCUACUUCUCCUUGCAGGAGACGGCAUAUGCGAUGCUGGUUGAGAUCAUUGAGCGUGCAAUGGCGCAUGUUGAUUCCAACCAGGUACUCAUUGUUGGCGGUGUGGGGUCCAAUGAGUGA